AAUGGGAGCUGGAUCGUACAUGAGUGUGUUUGUGUUCAAGCUCACAAGCGCCUGCUCCGAGCUGGUGUUAGCCUCAGCCUUCAGAGAUCAUGGCUCGGGAUCUUUUGGUCACAUCACCUCCUCCUGAGAGCCGUCUUGAUUGCCUUCCCCUCCUUUCUGGAGUCUGCUGUCUCGGCCUUGUGCAGAUGCCCUAGCGGGGUGCUGUUGGAAGGGGCACAGCCCCUGUGAUGCGGAACUCUACAGUCAGAUUCAUCAGUGUGAGUUGGCUGAGGCCCUGCAGCCCCAGGGACCAUGUUUAACGGGGAGCCGGGUCCAGCCUCGGCUGGGGCCUCCAGGAACGUGGUUCGGAGCUCCAGCAUCAGCGGUGAAAUCUGUGGAUCCCAGCAAACUGGGGUUGGGACCGGGACCACCACUGCCAAGAAGAGACGUAGCAGCCUGGGUGCCAAGAUGGUGGCCAUCGUGGGCCUGACCCAGUGGAGCAAGAGCACACUCCAGCUCCCUCAACCUGAAGGGGCCACCAAGAAGCUGCGGAGUAACAUCCGAAGGAGCACGGAGACGGGCAUUGCCGUGGAGAUGCGGAGCCGCGUGACGCGCCAGGGCAGCCGGGAAUCCACGGAUGGGAGCACAAACAGCAACAGCUCUGACGGCACGUUCAUCUUCCCUACCACUCGGCUCGGAGCUGAAAGCCAGUUCAGUGAUUUCCUGGAUGGUCUGGGACCAGCCCAGAUUGUGGGGCGACAGACACUGGCAACGCCCCCCAUGGGAGAUGUACACCUUGCCAUCAUGGACCGGGGUGGCCAGCUGGAAGUGGAAGUGAUUGAAGCGCGGGGCCUGACCCCCAAACCGGGCUCCAAAUCCCUCCCAGCCACCUACAUCAAGGCUUAUCUGCUGGAGAAUGGAGCCUGCUUGGCGAAGAAGAAGACAAAGGUGGCCAAGAAGACCCGUGACCCUCUGUACCAGCAGGCCCUGCUCUUUGAAGAGGGGCCUCAGGGCAAGGUACUGCAGGUGAUCGUCUGGGGAGAUUACGGUCGCAUGGACCACAAGUGCUUCAUGGGCAUGGCCCAGAUCAUGCUGGACGAGCUGGACCUGAGCGCCAUCGUUACUGGGUGGUACAAACUCUUCCCCACCUCCUCUGUGGCAGACUCCACGCUCGGAUCCCUCACCAGGCGCCUAUCCCAGUCCUCCCUGGAGAGUGCCACCAGCCCCUCAUGCCCCUGAGGACUCACUCGGGACCAGAGGCUGGGUGGCGGCACGGGCAGGGGGUGUGCUGGUCCCCACCUCCACCCUGUACAUAGUCUCCAUGUCUCUCUGGACCCUUCACCCUGCUGCAUGUCUGUGGGCUGCUGGGCUUGUCCCAGCUGGCAGUGGAGACUGCAGUCUGCGUGCGUGUGCGUGUGCGUGUGCGUGUGUAUCCACAUUAUAUCUGUUUCUCUGGGUACAGUCAGUCCUGGCGACCACACGUCUCUUUGUAUCACACUGAAAGGAGGAGUGUUGUGUGGCCACAACUCACUCCAAGGGCUCUCCAGGAGUGGAAGUGGGAGAUGGGGCCAGUGGUUGGUUGAUCUUGCUGGUCCCCUGACUGGGGCAGAGCCUGUGUGCUCCCCACCUGUGCCUCCUCUUGGUGGUCUUGGCUUGGUUUUCUGUCUUGUCUUUUGUAUCACCCUUUGCCUCUCCCAGCACUGCUGCUCUUUUUGAGGAAUGUAGCAUCCACUGCAGCUGGCCACAACUACGCCCCUCUGGGAGCCCCCACACCCCUAUUCCUGCUGCCCCAGCAGCUCUCCCCACUGAGUACAUCUUGCAGCAUGUAGCAGUCAUCCAGCACCCUGACCAGGGACCAUGGGGCGGCUGAGGAUGCCUGGGAGCAGAGGGCUUUGAGGUAGUUUUCUCUCUGGGCUAGACGCACCUCUUUCCUGCAGACGAGCACACAGAGGUCUUAGCUCCCGAGGGUACUGGCCAGAUAGCCCAGCAGGUAGGGCCAGGUACUCCCUUGCCUUUGUCACCUCCUUUUUCCCUUCUUUGUCGCCUCUGCUCUGACAAGCCAAAGGAGGUCUCCUGGUGGGCCCAGGAGAUCUGUGGAAAUGUCACCUGGCAAAGCAGACAGCCUUCGCUAGGCCUCAAGAGUGGCCCGUCCCUCUCUGGCUCCUCCCUAGGGGCAUAUGGCUUAGUAAGAGGUGCUGAGGGUCCGGCUGUUUGCUAGAAUAAGGGCUAAGGCUGACUGUUGAGAAUCCUGCCUGACUUUGGGAAUUAGCUGCACAAAGCUGUUCAUUGGGGCCUCUUAUUUUUUGCUCAUUUUCAGACCAGGGUCCCCGUCUGGAGCUCAGACAUACUUGGGCUCCGGCCUCCUGGCUCCACGGGCAGCUUGGCUCUGGACUCUGGUCUGCCACAGUCACCAGCUCUGUAUAAGCAAUACUUUCCCCUAAGCUUCCUUGCCUUCUCGUGUGCUCCCACUGCCCUCUGGGAAGUGGCCUGCUCUGGGCACUCCAACUGCCUCUGCUUAUUUCCUACCCUUGUCUCAGGCUUCUCCCAGCCACGUGGACCCUGAGUUGAUUGCUAGGCCCUGCUGUGAGAACUAACACCUGGACUGGACCCUGGGAGGUGUCUGCUGGGAGUCCUGAAGUCUGGCUUAGGAAUGCCACAUCUGUCCUCCUCCCUCCUCAGCUCUAGGGUGAAGGGUGAGAGGCUGCCCAGGAGAUGGACACAGUGGCCCUGGGCUCACGGCUGGUAGAGAGGAAGUAGGUAGCUCGCAGGGCCAGGGUAGGGGAAAGGCUUCCUGCCUCUUCCCCAGACACUGUCCCCAAGUGCUGGUGUACAUCUUGCCCAUGCCCUUGGGCCAGAGAGCUACUGAGGUCACAGUGGAGGGGCUUCAGGCCUGAGUGCUGAGAUUUUACUCAUACUGAAGCUGGAGGAGGAAAGGCCAUCUCAGUGCAAAGGGCUUCCUUGUCUGACAAAGACCCUCCCUGGGGGGGAAGCCAGAGUCCUGUGACCUCUCUCGCAAGGGAAUGAGGGGAGAAGCCAGGACCUGUUGGUCCUUUCCCUGACAAAAGCGGGUAAAGGCAGGAGGGAAAGGUACAGCAGUCCCUGUAUCCAGGCUGAGCCCGCACUCUUGCAUUUUCAGAGAUGAGAGCUACUGUAUGCACGCGUGGAGGAGGCUGAGGAGGCGGCCAGCCAGUUUCCUCUUUGGGCAAAAGAGUUCUUCCCACUCCUGCUGGGAAAUGUAUGUUUCCCAUAGUUCUAAAAAUGGGGCAGAGGGCUCUAAACUCUUUAACUCUAGUGGGGGAAAUACAGUACAGGGAGGAGACUCACUUGCAGAAGGUGUUUUUCUCUCCUGUUUUGUGGUGUGUUUACCUCUAUGGCAGUUGCUUUCUGGAUGGACUGAAAAUAUACCUUCUGGAGUGGGGGGAGUGUCAGUGAUCCACAGAUAGCAGAGAUCUGCUCAUGUGGCCCCGAGUCACCCUCAGGAAAUGGGGUCAGCAUCCACAUGCCCCUAAGGGUCCAGGGAGGCCCUGGGCGAAGGUGGUAGCUGCUAGCAGGAAGGUUGCCCUGUGCAGCCCUGGGCUAUCAUGCCUGGGGACAGCACAGGGAAAGUUCUAGUCAGGGGCGGGGCCUGAUGUGCUGGAAACUCGGGCUGACCUGCCUCCAGUCCCCAGCUGCAGAAACUGCCUGGCAGUGGGGCCACUUGGUUGUUCCACCCCCACACUUUGUUUUUGGUACCGGGGAUCAAACUCGGGACCUUACGCUUGUGAGGCAGGCGGUGGCACCUGUUCCACCUCUUAAUGGCAGGUAAUUCCCUGUAAAAUGGCCUUGGGGAAUUAUUCUUUUUAACCCUUUGUACCAAAUAAGUUACUAGUGUAGAUUCCCCUCCCUCCGAGGGUGAGGUUGUGUGAGGCUGCCCUGUGUGUAUGAUAGUGUGUGGCUGGAUUUAAGGGUCUGUUUCUCAGCAUCCUGGGUGCAAGGCUUGCUGAGCAGCCACUCUGGAGCUGACCUGUUUCAGAAGAAGGGGGUGCACAAGUUAACUCUGGCCUCCCCUGGGCUGGGAAGAGGUGGCGGGAAGGAACCUUCUGAGUCUCCCUACCAUGGGCUAAGUCAGACGCCCCUUACCCCAGAUGAAAGCUAGCAGUGGUAGCGGCACAGAGCUCUUUGUCGUGCCAUCUGCUCUGCGCAAGGAGGAUGCAUGGGUGAUGUGCAGAGACAGAAGUGGCCCUACAGUGAUCCUGGACCGUGGGCAGGCUCAGUGAUGGAUGACUCACAGCAUCUGUCUUCACACUUCUGCCUGGCUCAGUCUGUCCUACUUUCUUCAUAGUCUCCUUCCCUACAGGGAAGUCUGCGAUGAGCCCUUCGUAUGCAGCAGGCUCCGGAAAAUGGGUCAACUCUUGGUUUGACAAGAGGGAUUUGAACCAUCUUUGAAAGUACCCCCCAUCCAGUCUCUCCACCACCCCGUUCUACUAGGAAAGGAGCACUUGAGAGGCUCUUGGGAUCCUACAGGUCCCCUGCAAUGCCAGCAUUUCAUGGGGCUGAGAUAGAAUAGAGGAAAGCACCAGAGGGCCGGCCCUGGAUUGCUGCUCACUCUUGGAACCACUGCCAGCCGGAACAGAGGUCAAGCCAGCUCUCCCAGAGGCUUGACUUCCACCAGGGAAAUGCAAGGGGGCUUCUCCUUUACUGCCAGCCUCGAGGAGAGCAAAAGCCUCUAUUUUUAAAGACAAUAGAGCUUCAAGGGCACUUCUUUGGAAAUGAAAUGUAGCACAAGCCUAGACUGCAUUAUAGGAGCUCUGAUAUGCAUCCUAGGGCUCUGCCCCAGGCCCUGCUGCCCAGAGGGUGCCGAGCUUCUCUUCCCCUGGGGCUCUAGAGCUCCUGAUACCUCACAUUCCCCAACACCCUUGGCCCAGAAAGCAGCACAACCUUAGUAAGGCUGCUCUUCUGUGUUUCUCUGAUUGCUUCCAGCACUGUGCAAACUCUGGGCAAGAAACUGCUGCCUUUGCCUGAUAUUGUAGAUGAGUUGCUCUCCACCUGCAUGGGGGAAGGUGGCAUUUUGUCCAGGGCCAGAAGGUUGUCUGGCAGUAUUUCUGCGGUGGCUGCCAGGAGGUGGAAAAGAGGCCUGCUUCCCUGCCGCCUCCUACCUUUCUCCUCACAGUUGUCUUCUCCAAUGUCCCGACAUACACAGAGGUUCUUUAAAUGCUGCUCCCUCUACUGGACUCUUCCACUGGAUGAUCAGGGAAGAGAUAAAAAUGUGGACUUAGCCCUGCCUUCUUCCUCCGUACUGCUUCUCAUCCACAGCAGAGGAGACUGGGACAAAGCAAACAAUCACGUUGGAAGAGCAGGGGAGCCCCAUCCAAUCAGAAGAGCCUGACAGUGGUGGGGUUGGCCUGGUCUGGCUCGGAAAGGGUUAUUUUGAAAGAGUGCCUGAGCAUCUCAGAGCAAUGUCAGUGAUGCCAAAGAGAGCAACUUGGCCUCCUUGGGCACCAACUCUGCUGGUGGAGCUGCACAAAUGCAGCUCAGAUGUUGGGAAGCCCAAAGGUGGGACCUUGUUCUCUGACAAAGGGCUUAAUCUUUCCAUGUAGCAAAGCAACUUCCCCUACCCCCAACCCAAGCUUGGGCUUCUGCAGGCCCAGCACGGCGGUGCCUGUUUAGGAAGUCACAUGAGUGAAAGAAACCUGCAUUCUCUCCCAGGGGCAUAGACUGGCUUGGGAAGGUGCUCUUAGAAGCGUGAGUGCUAAUGCUUUGGAGAGACCUUUCAGGGAUGUGGCUGGAAACCUGGCCGGUAAGGAUAGGGCCUUGGACCUCCCAGGGAGUUCACCCUGAUGCUGGGAAAAUUGCCAUCGACUGGAUUCCAGAGCACUUGGAUAAUAGAAAAGGGGCCUGGGAAUUCCAGGGGCAACUGAGCAUCUGCCCCCUUAGCCAAUGACCUGGACAGGAUGGCUGGUCUAUACCAUUUUGCCAGAAACUGUGAUCGUGUACAAGACUCCUCACUUUCCUGGGCCUCAGCUUCCUCAUCUGUAAAAUCAGAGCAUUAGCUAGUUGCUCCAUGCUUGCCUCCAGGUUUUCCAAGUCUGAUCUGGAGCUGCUGAGAGUUGUGAGCUGGGUGUGCCUGGCACGUGGUUCCACAGGCUGGUUUCAUCCAGCCCCUGGUGUCCAAGCGAGGCAUAGGUCUUCAUCUGACCCACGUCCAGAUGCUGCCUCUAACAGCUCUGGGAAUCUUCACAGACCCUGCUUUCACCUCUUCAUUGUUUUUCUCUCCCUCUUUUACUCUUGCAUCAUGAUGAGAAAUAAUUCAAGGUUGUCUACAAAGGACAAUUUUCAAGGUGCUGAUGUGAUGUCACAACCUCAUCUGCAUCCUGAGUAGGGCCUGUGUCCCCACCAGGAGAUGAGGCUGGGUUGUUCCUCAUUUCCACUUCUCCAUGACAGCAAUGGGAAGAGUUGAAGAUCUGGGAAUUUUAAAGGAAAUGCUCUCAGUGGGAGGAGAGAGGGAAUUGAUUUCCCUUCCAAGUAUUUUGCUUUUUAAAACCACUCCUCCCUCCAAAGUGUCUUUUACCAGACAUCAUCUCAGAAAGCAGUGGCUGCUUCCUUAGAGAAGGCAGGCCUGAGAGUUCUGUCAACUCCUUUAGUAUGUAAACUCACAGAAGGCAGGAACACCCCCCCCACCAUUUUAAAUUUCCAAAUGCAUCUUGCAAAAAGAGAGAUAGCAGUUAGGGACUGACAAGCACACUGUUUAGAUAAGAAGCAAUUAGCCUUUUUUACCUGUGCUCUCUGCAUUUUCUCUGUGAAGCAUCUUUCCAAACUCUGGUUCCUGGGUGUCAGGUGGACAGCUGGGAGGGACUGCCAGCUGUUUUCUACACUGUUCUUGCCAAUUCCCUUAGGAGAAUAUUCUUCACAUGGCUUCUGCAUGUACAGUAUUUGGGCAGCAAAAAAAAAAGAUUAAAGUCCAUUUGAAAUUG